CACAAUGGUAAGUUACAGGAUCCGAACCUGAGAACACAUCUUCCAACCCUAUGCAUUAUACGAGAAAGUUGGUUGUACAUACGUUACCAGCUAAAAUGAAGACACUAGAGGGUUUCUUGCAUAUUUCGUAAACCAAAUUCUACUUGGUAGGUAACGAAUCCAACCGCUUUAAUUCACAACAAUGACCAAUGCCAAAUCUAGUAACUUGAGGGGAUCAACUUCUCUAAACUGGAGGGAACCGAAUCAUUGCUCUCUGAUCAAAGCUGGACAACAGGGAGCACAGGAAGGGAAGCAAAAUGGCGCCGUCAAGAUCUCUGUACAAAGAAUCCUUGCCAUUGAUAUCCAUGAUCACCAUGGAGUUUUUCACGGUGGGUUUGAACACUCUGUUCAAAGCAGCAAGCUUGAAGGGACUAGGCUACUAUGUCUUUGUUGCCUACACUUCCAUCAUAGCAGCUCUAUUGUUCCUCCCUUUUCAUCUAGUCUUCAACAGAACCAUACCACUUCCCCAGCACAAGAGACCUCUUUUUGUGAGGAUUCUUCUUCUUGGUGUAAUUGGCUUUGUGGGUCUUGUGAUUGGAUAUAAAGGAAUAGGAUUCAGCUCCCCAACUCUAGCAGCAGCCAUUGGAACCCUGAACCCUGCUUUUACAUUCAUACUUGCUGUCAUGUUCAGGAUGGAAAGGUUGUCACUGAGCAGACCAAGCUCUCAGGCCAAGAUAAUUGGCACAGUAUCUUCCAUAUCAGGAGCAAUAGUUGUGGUGCUUUUCAAAGGUCCAACAAUUUUGUCCACUUUUUCAUCACCUGAAGAACUUGUAGCAGCAGAUGGCACUUCUCACUCAAAUUACUGGCUUCUUGGUGGACUCUUGAUUGCUACUGAGCAUCUCCUUUUCUCACUUGGCUAUAUUGUUCAGGCUCAAGUGUUGAAGAUGUAUCCAGCAGAGUUUUCAGUAGCACUGUAUAUUACAAUGUGCACCAGUGCAAUAUCACUAGCUGCAUCUUUUGUGGGAGAAACAGAUAUUGAUGCAUGGAUCCUAACAAACCCUGAUAUAAAAUUGGCUGCUGUUCUAUACGGGGGGGUUUUUGGAGGGUUUUUGAACACAAUCGUUCAUACAUGGUGCCUGCACUUGGAAGGCCCAGUUUUUGUGGCCAUCUUCAAGCCACUGUCAAUCGCAAUCGCGGCGGCCAUGGGGGUGGUGUUCCUUGGAGACGAUCUCCAUCUUGGAAGUGUUGCUGGGGCAGUGGUGAUAUCUGCUGGGUUUUAUGGUGUGAUAUGGGGAAAGGCUAGAGAAGGAAAAGAAGAAAUGGAACUUGCUGCUGUUGAAGAUUGUGGGUCUCCUUAUCACUUGGGAACCUCAUCGACUAACAGUAACUCGCUUCCUUUCUUGGUGAACCAUACAUGAAGGUUGGAUGGAGCAGCCGAUUAUCAAUUUUAAGAUAUAAAAAAAAACUUGGGUUAUAGGUAUAAUAUGCCCCUCUUCUAUGACGUUUUAUUAAACAUGCCCUUCUACUAGUUUUUACGUCAAACGUGCCCUUGUACUUUGAAAAACUUAUCAAACAUGCCCUUUUGCUAAAAUUUUCAUCCAAAAACCGUUAACCAAGACCGAACUUUGGUUUGGGCGACCCAAAUAUCUAAAAUAUCUCUAAUCAUUUCACUUUAGAGUUUUUUUCUUCUUUUGUAUAGCCAAAUAAUUAUAAUAAUUUGACUUUGAUGAGACCUAGAGAAAUAAAGCAAGGGUCAAAACUGACAUUUCCCCUCCCAUUUAUCGAUGUCAAGUCGUCUAAAUCUCGGUUCAACCAUGAUUGACGAAUUUUUCAAUGGAAAUUUCAACUGAAGGGCAUGUUUGAUAGUUUUUCCAAAUUACAGGGGCAUGUUUGAUGUAAAAAAAUAGUAGAGGGACAUGUUUGAUAAAACGUCAUAAUAAAAGGACAUAUUAUACCUAUAACCCAAAAAACUUUAGCACCAUUCAAAAACAAACAGAUUGGAAAUCUGGUUUGUCGACUUUGGCAACCAUUACGAAGAAGAAAGUGUUGGGCCAUAAGAAAUUGAUGGACCGGAUAUUUUUUAUUGUUAAAAACAUAACUGGGCUGCAAGGUCUCUAAGCCCAAAAUAAGAUGCUAACAGCUACCGUAACAGCUUCGCGAGCAGCAGCAGCUAACCCAGCUGGUUGGCCCAUCUCUUAACGAUGUGUACAGGGCUGCAAAUGAGCCAAGCUACUCGCGAGCAACUCGAGGCUCGAAUUGGAAAAAACUCAUUCGAAACUCGAUUCGUUUAUUGACGAGCCAAGCUUGAGCUUAGCUUUGUUCAGCUCGUGAAGCUUGCGAGCUAGCUCGACUCGGUGGCUUGUUGACCUCAACUCGUGAGUUGGCUCAUUUAUAGCUCCUGAGAUGUCUCAACAUUGUGGUUUGAGGGCCAACUUGAUCACCGGCUUAUGGACUAAUCGAUCUAAUUUGGACUUUAAUAAUUCAUAGGAUUGUUAAAUUAUAUAUCUCACAUCAUGUGAAGUUUAACAUGUUGAACAUGUAAGAAAAUAUUCCUUAUUUUUAAUUCUAUAAAGAAAUUAUGUACAAAAUUGUUUCGAUGCUAUGAAAUAACAUGAUUUGAACUAGUUAAAAUUUAUUAACUAAACAAUAUGACACCUAAAAAUUAUAAUAUAAGAUUAAUUAAUGUUGAACAUUUGAAUAUUUUUUAUCGCUACAUCAAUCACAUGUACCAUGCACGACAUACAAAAUGAAUGUAUCAAAUACGAUCUAAGAAUUUAGUAAACAAGCCUAGCUCGAACUCGACUCGACUUGACUCGGCUCGUUAAUAAAUAGUUCGGGCUCGAGCUCAACUCAUUUGUUAACGAGUCAAGCUCAAACUGGGGUAAAACUCGACUCAGCUCGGCUCAUUUACUGCCUUACGUGGGUGGACGUCAUUCUUCAUCGUGGCCUCAUUCCUCCCUGCGUGGGCCAACUAAUCAUCCGCAUGGACUAUGAGUCCAUCAACCGAAUUCCCACAGGAGAAAACAAUAAAAUUAAAUUAGACUUGUGGACUAUCAUAAUCAUCCACCGCCACACAAUAAAAUCUGAGUAGAUUAGUGGAAGAAUAAUGAUCGUGUGUACCCCUAGGACUAAAUAGGCUAGCCUAAUUAGUACUUUUAUGAUUAAUUGGUUUAUGAUUAUUAUAUCUAAUAUUUAUCUUGUGAUGAUGGAUCAUUGGCACAAGAUUAGGUUUUUAAUGAUUACUUACUGAAAUUUUUAUUCAUUGUAAAGGUAGAGGGUAUACAAGAAUUGAAUUAAUUAACUUCGAAUUACAAAGACAAUAAAGGUAGAAUUAAAAU